GACUCCGCGGUGAAGCAGAUCCUCCUGACGAUGAACGAGAAGGGCAGCUUCAUCAUAGAGGACUUGGAUGAUAAUCAUCUUGUGAUCAAGGCGGACGAGGAGUAUCGGGUGAGGAGGGAGCUUGAGGCUGAGCUGGAGAAAAAUACCUACAGCUUGGAGUGA